GCGGAUGUAUAGUUGGAUAUGCCCGAUUCCGAACGGCAUUCACAAUAACUACUCUGACUGGCCGCUGGUCAUUUAUCUUGAUUUGUGUGAUUCCAUUGAGGUUAUCUCUGAUAUAACAGGUGACCGCUUUGUUUUUGCCUCAGGUCUAGGGCUUUCUUCACUUCAUUCAACCGACUCUUUUUAUUGGAGGGGAACCUCUUUGGUUGAAUUGAACGUUUCAUUUAUGAAGUACAACACCUAA